GAAGCAAUUGAAAAUAGAGACGAAGAGACUGUUGAAGAAAUCGCAAAAGGAGAUUCUAGUAUGUUCAAUGGCCUCUGUGACAGAGUUCUCAGUUCAUUGUCUCUGGUGCAUAGUGCAAUGCAAGAAGUGCUGGAUUUCAAAGAUGAAAUGCUGAAACAUGAUUUACCAUCACCAUUGCUGAUUCAUCUGGCCCUGAUCAGUGGCAAACUUUUCAGAAGCAUCGGUGACCUGGGAGUGCCUGUUGGAGAGCUAGUCAGAUUGGUUCAUGUCUACUCAGCUUCAUGGGGGGAGAACAAGACUGCUUUGAGAAAACUCUAUGAAUGCCUUGACAGCAAACAGAAACAAUUGAACAUUGCUAUUAGACGUUUACAGCUGUUGGAUGAGCAAUCAAAGAGAAUGGCCAGGGAAAAGCGUAUCCUUAACUGGGAAAGGCUUUUUGCAAAAGUAUCAACUGUCAAAGGUCAUGGUCGCCGUUGGAAGUUUCACAUCGAAACAAUCAAAGAGAAAGCUAAGUUAGGUCUUGAGCAUGUCCAGGCUUAUGCUCUAAACAUAUCAAAUUCCAAUGAAGAAGAUACUGUUUUAGAAGAAGACGUUGAAGUCAGUGGCGAUCAAGUUUCCACACAAGGUCAGAAUAGCGAAGAGGACAAGAAGAAAG